UCAUAGACGUUUACACUGGCUGGCUUAACCAUAUUAAUAAUAGUAUAAGAUUUAACCAUUUGAUUUUAAGCAGUUAUUUAUGAAUCGGCGAACAAUUAUUAAUCAUGUACAAUUAGUUUUAAUAUAAUAAUAUCUAUUUAGUGUUGUUAUCUUAUUAAAUUUGAAAUAUACAUUCGUCGUCGGUCGAUGACCAUGAAAUCUUCGUUCUCCUGGAUAACGUGUUUUUGUUUAAUUUUUGAAACGGGCAUUUUGUGUGAUAGAAAACUUGAAAAACGACAAACCAUAUUUUCUUGCCCGGGUGUAACGGAAUAUGGGUGUGGAUCUGGCCAGUGCAUUGAUGUCUCGGAUACUUGUAAUGGAAUACGAGAUUGCAGUGAUGGAUCGGACGAAACUUUACUUUUGUGUGAAACGCUUGUGUGUCCACAGUACACAUUCAGGUGCAAAUAUGGUGCUUGUAUCAGUAACAAGAAUUUAUGUGACGGCAUCAAACAGUGUGCUGAUGGUUCUGAUGAAGAAAAGUGUUCCAUAUCAACAUUUGCGAGUUCAAAACCUAUAAAAACUGAUACAACAAAACCAAUAACGCCGUCUCGAAUUAAAAAAACUUGCACUUUACCGACAAUAGAGGGCACAAAAUAUUUUUAUAAAGAUUGGAAUCAAAAUGUUUCUCUGUCUCAUGCCACAGAAAUUGAACAAUAUCGCAUCGUUGAAGAGGACUGUGAAGCUGGGUUUUAUAAAGUUGUUCCUUACAGAUUUAUGGUGUGUUCGGAAUCAGGACAAUGGAGACCAUUUGUAAAUGAAGAAUUAUGUUUGAAAAUGUGUCCACCCAUGAAAUCAGAUAGUUUAGAUUUUGAAUGCACCUUUGAAGAUAAAUAUAUUAGUUGCUUAACUCCAGUACCUGGGACUAUAUUGUAUCAAAAAUGUAAAGCUACUCAUAGAUUACUAAGCGGAGAGGAACAAGUUUCAAUUCAAUUACUUUGUCUGGAAAAUGCAACAUGGAGUGAUGAUCAUUUAUAUACGUGUAUUCCAACUUGUGGUCUACUGAAUACUCCAAGCGAUGUAUUAAAUGAUGGAAAAGUAGAGUAUGGGACAGUACCUUGGAGUGUUGGCUUAUAUCGACAAGUAAAAGGUCGUGAUGGGUAUUAUGAAUUGUUAUGUGGAGGAACAUUAAUAGCUCCAAAUAAAGUUAUCACUGCGGCUCAGUGUUAUUGGGAAGAAGGGAACACGAAUAAAAUAUUGAUGAAUGAAAAUCAGAAGUAUAAAAUUGCCGUUGGAAAGUAUACUAGUGACCUUUCUAUAAAAGACAAUAAUUUUACUCAGAUUAUCGAUGUGGGUUUCGUUUAUCUGAAAGAGAGUUAUUAUGGUCCUUCUGGGUAUUAUGCCGAUGAUUUAGCUAUUAUCGUGUUACAUACUCAAGUUACGAUCAGUGACGUUGUCUUGCCAGUCUGUAUCGAUUGGUCCAAACAAUAUUCUGUUCCGGACGGAUCUAACGGAAAGGUUGUCGGCUGGGGAAAAACGGAAAAGAUCGAAACAAGUUCAGUUUUGUUAGAAGCAAACGUAUCAUAUACUGAUAAAAAUACUUGUCGUGAUAUGUAUUCAAAUGGAUUUCAAUCAUUGGUGACUAUCGAUAAAUUUUGCGCUGUUUCUCGAUUAGGACACAGUAUUACUGAAGGAUUUAUUGGUUCAGGCUUAACAUAUGAACAUGGUACUUUACAAUUUUUAACCGGAAUAGUGAGUGUCACGGAUCCAUACUCAAACGAUUUAGUCGCUGUUUUUACGAAUGUAAGUCACCACAUUCAAUGGAUUCGCGAACGACUUCUCUUUUUGUCAUCGGCCAUGAAGUCAGCAUAUACUUUUAUUCUGGUUAUAUACUCAUAUUUCGUAUUUGAAACAAUCAUCCUAUGUGAUAGAGACAUCAGAAAACGACAAACUGAACCAACUUGCUCAGAAGAAUCGGAGUACGCAUGUCAAUCCGGCCAAUGUAUUGAUGUUGCAUCUACUUGUGACGGAUCUCAAGAAUGCAGUGACGGAUCUGAUGAAACACAAGUCCUAUGUGAAUCAACCCCGUGUCCAAUAUACGGAUUCAAGUGCACAUAUGGUGCUUGUAUAAAUAUAGAGGGUAGAUGUGAUGGAAUAACCCAAUGUUUAGACGGUUCUGACGAGGAACAGUGUUCAUCGUCGAUAAUUUCAGAAUCUGAAGAAAACUCUGAACAAAUUUCUUCAGGAUCGACUACUUCAGAGCCGACAACUACAGAAUCUACAACUACAGAAUCAACAACUACAGAAUCUACAACUACAGCAUCUACAACUACAGAAUCGACAACUACAGAAUCGACAACUACAGAAUCGACAACUACAGAAUCGACAACUACAGCAUCGACAACUACACCAUGGAAAACUACACCAUGGAAGGCUACAACACCGCCAACUACACCGUGGAAAACAACAGCAUGGAAAGCUACAACACCCCCAACUACGCCGUGGAAAACAACAGCAUGGAAAGCUACAACAUCGCCAACUACACCGUGGAAAACUACAGCAUGGAAAGCUCCAGCAUCGACAACUACUUCAUCUCCAGAUACAAAAAUCAAAGAAACCGAGUCAAUAAACCAAUCUCCUAAUCAAAAAAAACCUUGCGUGGUACCAAACAUUGAGGGUACUAAACAUUUUUAUAAGGAUACGAUUCAAAACGUUCCUCUAUCACAUGGUUCUGUAGUGAAUAAUUAUCGCAUAGUUGAACAGGAUUGUGAGGAAGGAUAUUAUAAAACUGUGCCGUACAAAUUGAUGGUAUGUUCGGAGUCUGGACAAUGGAAAUCAUUUGAUUCUAGUACAUUGUGUUUGAAAAAGUGUUCUCCAAUGGUAUCAGAUCUGUUAGAUAUUAAAUGUUCACUGGAUGGAAACAACGUAGACUGUUCAAAACCAUCAGAGCCUGGUACUAUAUUAACACAAUCGUGUAAAGUCGAAAAUGCACAUAAUUCACCAAGAGGACCUAAUGAGUUGCAGUGUCUUAAAAAUGCAAAAUGGAGUGGUCAACUACUUACCACUUGUACACCACAUACAGAGAUAACCUCAAAUAGAUUUAAAGAGCCAUCUUUAAUAGCACCUUGGAAUGUGGAAAUAUAUAAAAUUAAUAACUAUGGUCGUUAUUUCCGAAUAUGUGGAGGAACAUUGAUUGCUCCAAACUUAGUUGUAUCUGCUGCUCAUUGUUUUUGGAAAAAGGGUUUGAGAAGGACAACCCUACAAAAUGAAAAUAAUGUUUUCAAAACUGCCGUUGGAAAAGAAAAUACCAAUUUUUCUGUAAUAGACAAUACAUAUACACAGAUUAUUGAUAUCGGUUUAGUUUAUCUGAAGGAAAGUUAUAACGGUCUAGAUGGGCAUUAUGCUGAUGACAUUUCUGUCAUCGUGUUAGCAACCGAUGUCGCCGUUAGUAAUGGUGUUCGACCAGCUUCCAUUGAUUGGUCUGCAACACAUUUCCUUGAAAAUGGAGAUCUAGGAAAGAUGUUUGGCCUGGGAAUGGACAGUACGAUUGGAAAUGGACAAACUAAAUCAAUAUUAAAAUUAUAUACUUUACCGUAUAUUGACCGAAAGACUUGUCAGGAAAUGUACAGAGAUGGAUUUGAAAAUUACGUGACUAAAGAUAAAUUUUGCACAGGUUAUAAAUUGGUUACAGGAGAAAGAAAUCUUAUAGGAUUUGGCGGUUCGGGCUUAAUGUAUGAAUAUAGCACAGGACCAUUUCUAACUGGAAUAUUUAGCGUCAAAGAUCUACACUCAAAAAAUUCGAUAGCUGUAUUCACUAGCAUAAAAAGUCACGCCCAAUGGAUUCGCAAUAUAUAUAACAAUUAUGUAUCCUAAGUAUAUUAUUAUGUAUAAUAUAAAUUGUAACUGUAUAUAACACA